AUGCCCAGAAUAUUCGAAUUACCUUGUGAAAUACACUGCGAGAUCAUGUCUAACCUUACAGAAUAUGACAUACAGCAUCUUGGUGGGACCUGUCACUACUUCAAACUAUUGACUCAAAACCAAGAUGUUUGGAAGGGAAUGUUCAAAACUCGAUUCAUUCAAUUCAAGACCGUAGAUUCCUCUCAGAUCAAUUUCUCAUGGAAGGAUCUUUACCUUGAAAAAGCCCUUUUACGAUUAUCGGCUGCACAGGAUAUGUCUAUUGCACACAAUAAUGCUCCUUAUUGGGAGAUUAUACAAACAAGAGAAAGUUGCUAUGGACACACAGCCAAACUAGGUUCUGUCUGUUGGUUAGAUGUCAAUGGCAUAAUAAAGCGUGUUCCUCCAGGUGUAUAUCAAAUCCAGUGGCGAAUGCGAGUUACUUCAUCUGCUCAAUGGAACGAACCUCUUGAUUUUACAGCAUCCUUGGAGAAAAAUGGAAAACCACUAGAGACUCCUAUAAUCAAAUAUACCACACCAGAUCGAUUUUAUAGACAAAAAGAAAUGAAGGGAGGAUCUUGGAUGAUCGCCACAUUACCGGAACACUUGAAAAUAAAUGACAGCUUUGGAUUUACUGAUGUCAGGCUCUCACAUGAGAAGAAGUCUGGGCAAUGGAAGUCUGGACUGGAACUUGACUGGGUGCGCCUGGUGCCUGUUUCUCACAAGAUCAAGUAUUCUCGACACAAUAUGCUUAUCAAUUUGGACUAUGAGAUCAUUCAAAGUAAUAAGGACAAGUCAUCGAAAUCAGUUACCAUUCAAGCCACCCAAAUGGCACUAAGAUUAGGUGAAUAUGUAGUCAAUCGUGUAUUUGGUAUACAGAUUCCAUUUUUAAGCAGUUUAAAAAACUAUAAUAAUGAAUAA